AUGAACGCAGCUGUAAAGAACUUCCUCGCCAGUCCUCGCUUUGCCGUUGCAGGCGCAAGCAGCGACCCCUCCAAGUUCGGCCACAGAGUCUUUGCAUGGUACCUCCAGCGCUCGCUACCAGUCACACCACUCAAUCCAUCACGACCAAGUGUCUCUGUCGCCUCCAAGGACUACGAUACCGUGUCUUCGCCUUCAGCUCUGCAGCAGCCAAAAGAGACGGGCUUGAGCGUCAUCACACCUCCCGCCGUUACCAAGAAAUUACUGCAAGAGGCCAAGGAGGCUGGUGUGAGAGCUGUGUGGCUUCAGCCUGGCAGCUUCAACGACGACAUCCUCGAGUAUGCGAAGAAGGAAUUUCCAGGUGCAGCGGUAGGUGGUGAUGGAGGUAGAGGUGGAGAAGGUUGGUGUGUCCUCGUUGAUGGAGACAGUGGCCUCAGAGCCGCUGGAAGGGAGCAAGGUCGCUUGUAA